CCAAGUUUUACAAUCGUUCCAAAUUUCAUCCCUUAAAAUCAUAUAGUCAAACUUCUAAGAUAAAAAUUCAAUGAUAUUCUCACAAUAUGCAUUUUUUUUGGCAAGUACUUAUCCUCUUUAAUUAGUCUAUUUCUUAUUAAGAUAUAGUUUUCAGCUUUACGACAAGACAAAGUUAGCUUGCAUUUUUUUGCUAUACACAAAUUCAAAGCAACGUAUAAUUAUAUAUUAUAUAGCCUCUCUAACCAUAAACAAAUUAAAGAAAAUUUCUUAAGUCAAACACACCAUGAGAAUUAUUAGUAUUAUUAUUUCUAUUUUCCUCAUAAUCAAUCUCCUUGUAAGAGUAGAAUCAAUUAGCAGAAGAGAUUUUCCAGAAGGGUUUAUCUUUGGAACUGCUUCUUCAGCUCACCAGUUUGAGGGAGCUGUUGAUGAAGGAAACAAAGGAGAUAGCAUAUGGGAUACUUUCUCAAGAUUACCAGGGAGAAUUUUGGAUUUCAGUAAUGCAGAUAUGGCUGUGGAUCAAUAUCACCGAUUUCAGAAUGACAUAAACUUGAUGAAGGAUUUGGGAAUGGAUUCUUACAGAUUCUCCAUUUCAUGGCCUAGAAUUUUCCCAAGUAAGUUACAAUAUUUUCAAAAACCUUAUGUAGUUUUUGUGUUACUUUCCUUUUGUAACAAGUUAACAGAUGGAACAGGGGAACCAAAUGCAGAGGGGAUAAACUAUUACAACACCCUCAUUGAUGCUUUACUGGAAAAAGGAAUCCAGCCUUAUGUAACUCUGUAUCAUUGGGAUCUUCCACAGGUGCUGGAAGAUAAAUAUGAAGGAUGGUUAAGUCCUCAAAUCAUAAAAGAUUUCGAGCAUUAUGCAUAUACAUGCUUCCGAGCUUUCGGAGAUAGAGUUAAGCACUGGAUUACCUUCAAUGAACCUCACAACUUCGCUCUCCAUGGUUAUGAUUUAGGGAUUCAAGCCCCGGGAAGAUGUUCCAUUCUUGGUCAUCUUGUAUGUAAGAAGGGAAAAUCGUCCACGGAACCUUACAUUGUUGCUCAUAACAUUCUCUUAUCUCAUGCUGCUGCCUACAGAAGUUACCAACUACAUUUCAAGGAACAUCAAGGAGGUAAAAUCGGGAUAGCUCUAGAUGCUGUUUGGUAUGAACCAAUAACUGAACUCGAUGAAGACAAAGAAGCCGCUUCUAGAGCUAUGGAUUUUUCACUUGGAUGGUUUCUUGAUCCUCUUUUCUUUGGAAAAUAUCCACUCUCAAUGCAAGAGCAAGUAGCUGAGAGAUUGCCAGAGAUUACUAAAGCAACCUCAAACUUGCUUGUGGGAUCAUUGGAUUUUAUUGGCAUAAACCAUUAUACCUCGCUGUAUACGCGCAAUGACAGGACUCGGUUUCAUAAACUGAUUAUGCAAGAUGCUAUAUCCGAUGCCGCUGUUAUUACUACCGCAUACAGAAGAGGAGCUGCAAUUGGAGAUAAGGCAGCUUCCAGUUGGCUACACAUUGUCCCUUGGGGAAUCAGAAAGUUGAUGAAACAUGUGAAAUGCAAAUAUGGGAACACACCCGUAAUCAUAACCGAAAACGGAAUGGAUGAUCCAACUGGACCCUUUAUGACCUUAGAAAAGGCAUUAAAUGAUGACAAGAGGAUAAGAUAUCAUAGGGACUAUCUCUCAAACCUAUCUGCUGCUAUAAGGGAAGAUGAUUGCAAUGUGAAGGGGUACUUUGCAUGGUCAUUGCUUGACAAUUGGGAAUGGAACUUGGGAUAUACAGUGCGCUUUGGACUCUACUAUGUAGAUUUCAAAAACAACCUUACUAGGAUACCAAAAUCUUCUGUGCAAUGGUUCAAAAAUGUGCUCAGAUUUGAAACUGAAAAAAUUAGUGAUAUUUGAAUUGUUGUCAUACAUAUCAAAUAGCAAGUGUAUAUACACACAUUCUUUUUUAAGAAAUGUUAAAAUUUUAAAAUAUUAAAAUAUUUUGCGAAAUAUGUUUA